AUGUAUAAUCCCAAUCAAUACAUGAAUCAAGCUAAACGACAAAUGAGUGUUGAUAUGUCAUGGGAAGAAGAUACAAAAAAAUUACGAACAUGCAAUGAAAAUAAAUUUAUAAAUUGUAUUGAAAAUUUAUCUACUGAACUUUUCUAUGAAAUAUUUGAUUAUCUCGAUGGUCGUGAUAUAUACUAUGCAUUCUCAAAUUUAAAUAUACAUUUUGAAAGUCUUAUCAUGAGUUCAACAUUAGUAUUAAAAAUUCAUGACUAUGUUUCAUAUAAACAAUCAUAUGAACAUGAUUAUUUUCGAAUAAUUAUACCUAAUAAACAUCGAAUUAUUUCACUUCAUCUAUCAAAUGGAUCACAAUUUAUAACAUGUUCUAAAUUUCAUACUAUCGAUUCAUCAUUUUAUCGACUCGAAUCACUUAUUCUUCAUGGAAUUAAAUACAAUGAAAUAAUAUCAUUACUUCCGAGUUUAACAAAUUUACCUCGUCUCUCCUCAUUAAAUAUUAGUCUUGAUGAUGUUUUAAAUGAUUCGAAUGCAAUCUAUCGUUUAAUAUUUCGUUUACCGAUGUUAAAAUAUAAUAAACUUUCAGCAAAGAAAAUUGUUUUACAAGAUUCAGUCUCAAUUACUUCUAAACAACAAUUGACUUCUGUAGAACAAUUAGUAAUUGAUCAUCCUUGUACUCUUGAGAGCUUAUAUGAUAUUCUUUCGUGUACAUCAAAACUUCAUCGUCUAACAUGUGGCCAUUUAUUUCCAAUGAAUCAAAAUAUUUCUAGAGAAAUUCCAUUAAAAAUAUUUAAUUUAACAUAUUGUUCAAUAUCUCAAUGUUAUUUAAGAUUUGAUGAAUUUGAAAUAUUUAUUAAACAAAUAUCAUCUCAACUUCGAAUCCUACAUUUUAAAUCAUAUUCAGAUGUAUUUUAUCUUGAUGCUGAUCGAUGGCAACAACUGAUAUCACAAUAUAUGCCUUAUUUACAUACAUUUCAAUUAGAAUAUCAUGAGAGUGUUUCUGGUCGUUUUGAAAUUAAAUCAUAUCAUUCAUUUAUUAAUCGAUUUAUUUCACCAUUUUGGAUUGAAAGACAAUGGUUAUUGAAUAUUGAAAUUGAUUUGAAUCAUUGGCCACCUGCUGAAAUUAUAAUUUCUAUUCAGCCAAAAAGAAAACGACGAAAUGAAAUAAUAAAUUAUGAAAGAACUGAUGUUAACUUAGGAAGUCAAGAAUGUAUGCAUAUUUUUAAGCCAAUGUCUCAACUAAUUGUGCGUGGUUGUCAUUUUACACAAUGUAAUGAUUGGUUUAUCAAUUAUAUUCGUUUUAUCUCUUCUUUAGCAACAAUAACUUGUUUAGAUAUUGAAUUUAAAUAUUUUUCUAUUGAUAUUCUUGUUCAAUUUUUACAUUUAUUACCUAAUCUUGAUUCACUAACAAUAGCUAUUAUGUUUUCAAAUCAAAACAUAAAAUUAACUGAAGAACAGGUUAAUAUGAUUCGUACAAUAUCCAGUAUGAAUCAAAUAAUCAAAAUGAAUAUUGAACAAGUAUUUGAACCAAAUCAAAUUGAUAUUCUUAUUAAUCUAUGUCCUCAAUUGGAAUAUUUAAAUAUACAAUGCAAAAACUAUAUGAACUUAGAAUUUAUCAUUCAUGUUAUUUUAAUGAAAAGAAAUGCUAAUCUACAUUUUCUAUGUUUUUCCAUUCCAGAAGCAGAUGAUCAAAUGGUGAAAAAAUUGCAAACAAUGAUUUAUUUAAACAAAUUAAGUGUUAAUUAUACAAUUCAACGUUGUCGUAAUAAAAUUUAUUUACAAUGGCAAAAACAUUGA